CCUGCGAAUGCCAUCCAAUCGGUUCUUCUGGCAAAACUUGCAACAACACCUCUGGCCAAUGUCCCUGCAAGGAUGGUGUGACUGGUCUCACCUGCAAUCGCUGCGCGCGUGGCUAUCAACAGAGUCGUUCACACAUUGCGCCAUGCAUCAAAAUUCCUGCCCGUAAAGCGAAUAUGUUGGAUACACAGAAUACUGCACCUGAACCCGAUCCACACGAUUCCAAUGCACCUUAUCGCACUGAAGGUGGGAGGGAAUGCGAAAGAUGCAAAAUAAGCACAAAAAGGUUAAACCUCAACAAAUUCUGCAAAAGAGAUUACGCAAUAAUGGCGAAGGUGAUUGGCCGCGAAGCGAGCACCGAAGUAACGAGCAGCAGCGAGCAGUACACCAAAGAAAAUCAACAAAUGGAUCCCGACGACGAAGCGGAAGCCAUGGAAUCCACCUCACCCGAAACGGUCAAAUACGAUAUACAAAUACAGGCGAUCUUCAAGCGUACCCCACUCGAAUACGCAACAACGAAUACAAUCCUAAAACGGGGACCUUUGACCUGGAUCAUACCGAUUAAGAAUCUUGAAUGUCGUUGUCCCAGAAUCAAAAUGAAUCGCUCCUAUCUGAUACUGGGCAAAGAUUCGGAAUCGCCACCCGGCUAUCUUGGCAUCGGGCCGCGUUCCAUUGUGAUCGAAUGGAAGGAUGAAUGGUAUCGACGUAUGAAACGAUUUCAGCGACGUGCGCGAACGUGUCAGUAAAAAAAAAAAAAAGAAGGAAACUAAAACCCACACACUUCCAAAUACAUAUGCACACAAACGCAUACGCAUACCCAUAUUUUAAAUGUAUUUGUAUUUAUUAUAAAUAAUAAUAAUUUGGUAUAAUUCUUAAGGCUAAACUACUUAAAUGCAUUUAAAGUGAAAAAAAAAAUAUAUUAACACAUCCAUUCAAGCACACAUACGUACCAACAUAAAUACGUAAAUUUAAAUGCUUUUGAAUGAAACUGACCAUUUUUCGCUGUGUAAAAAUUUAAUAUUUUUAGCGUACUUAAGUUAGGGGUUUCUAAAAAAAAAAACUAUA